UUUACAUGGCCGGUCAAUAUGUCAUUAUCAAAAUAAAUAAAUAAAAAAAAAAUAAAAAAUUUCUAAACAAAUCCGGUGUUAUGGGUCGAUUGUGCUUUGUCGACCAUUCGAAAUUAUCUCAUCCGAAUCCACGUAAACCUAACUUAUUUUCUUGUGAAUGUUUCGACCUUAACCUUUCAGUGUCAGUAUGAUGAUCGUUUCUGUAAGACGACCAAGUUCAUUGACCUCUUUUAACCAUCCAUCUCUUUGCAAUGGUUUGUACAAACACCAUUGUGUUUGGUCAUAUGCUAAACCACGUAUGAAGUUUUUACUUAAUGCUCGUCGAUCAUUGCUGCUGAUGUCAACACAACAUACCACAAAAUGGUAGAGAUCGAAGCGAUAAUAAAGAAAAAAUCGCAAUAUUCAUGGUUGUGUUUCGGAGCUGUGUUGUUAUUGACAUUCUGCACACGAUUCUAUCGAGUUACAGAACCUGAUCAUGUUUGUUGGGAUGAAACGCAUUUCGGUAAAAUGGGAAGCUGGUACAUCAAUCGGACGUUUUUCUUCGAUGUUCAUCCACCGCUGGGAAAGAUGUUGAUUGCAUUGUCCGGCAUACUAACGGGCUACGAUGGAACAUAUCCGUUUGAGAAACCGGGUGAUAAAUACAAUGGAACUCACUACGAAGGAAUGCGAAUCUUCUGCACAACACUUGGCGCUCUAAUCGUUCCGAUGACAUUUUCCACAAUCUGGGAACUAACCGAAUCCAAUGAAGCAGCCCUGAUCUCCGCCGCAUAUUUGUUGUUCGACGUCGGAAUGUUAACGCUAAACCAAUACAUUCUGCUCGACCCAAUUCUGUUGUGCUUCAUGACCGCUUCAGUUUUGGGAAUGGUCAAAUUGUCGAAAGCGACGCAUUGCGGUGACACCUUCGCGACAAGGUGGUGGUACUGGCUGUUCUUCACGGGAACGAUGCUGGCUUGUACGAUUAGUGUAAAAUUUGUGGGACUGUUUGUGGUGCUGUUGGUCGGAUUGCAUACGAUUAACGAUUUGUGGAUUGUGCUCGGCGAUCUGGCGAAACCAGUGAUCUUCACGAUCAAACAGCUACUUGCUAAAGUGAUUGGCCUGAUAAUCUGGCCAGCCUUCUUGUACAUGUUCUUCUUCUACAUUCACUUAACCGUUUUGAAUAAAAGCGGCAACGGCGAUGGAUUUUACAGCUCCGCAUUCCAAUCGUGUUUGAUUGGUAAUUCCUUGCACAAUGCUAGCAUGCCCAGACAAGUUGCGUAUGGAGCGGUUCUAACUCUAAAAAAUCAUAAAACCGGCGGUGGAUAUUUACAUUCACAUUAUCAUCUGUAUCCGAAGGAAGUUGGCGCUCGUCAGCAACAGAUUACCACCUACACUCACAAAGACGAAAACAAUAAGUGGUUGAUAAAGCCGUACAACAAGGACGCGCCAGAUGAUGUCCGAAUUCUGAAAAAUGGCGACCUUGUUCGACUGGAGCACACUCAGACGAAGAGGAACUUACAUUCUCAUCGAGAAACCGCACCGCUAACCAAAAAACAUUUUCAAGUGACGGGCUACGGAGAGAACGGCACUGGUGAUGCAAACGAUAUUUGGAAAGUGAUGGUUGUUGGCGGAAAGGAUGGUGAAGAGGUCUUAACCGUCACCAGUAAACUGUUUUUCGUACAUUAUCUGCAAAAUUGUGUCCUGACGACCAGCGGGAAACAAUUGCCGAAAUGGGGAUUUGAGCAGCAAGAAGUGUCCUGCAAUCCAAAUAUUCGCGAUACGAAUGCCUUGUGGAACGUCGAGGAUAACGUUUAUGCGAACUUACCAAACGUCAGUUUCGAGGUCUAUGCACCAGGAUUCCUGUCAAGAUUCUUGGAAUCACAUGCGGUCAUGUUCCAGGGAAAUGCCGGCCUGAAGCCGAAAGAAGGCGAAGUAACCAGUCGACCAUGGCAGUGGCCAAUUAAUUACAAGGGACAAUUUUUCUCGGGCAGUUCGUACAGAGUGUACCUGUUGGGAAAUCCAAUAAUUUGGUGGAGUAAUCUGGUUUUUCUGGCAUUGUUCUUGAUCGUCUUUUUCAUUUCGUGCGUUCGUGUGCAACGGAAUUAUGAGAGCGUAGAAAACAAUGAAAAGUGGAUACCAUUACGUGCCUCCUUGUGGCUGUUCAGCGGUUGGAUACUACAUUAUUUACCGUUUUGGGCGAUGGGACGAGUGCUGUAUUUUCAUCAUUACUUUCCCGCUCUGAUAUUCAAUUCAAUGUUGACAGGUGUUAUGUUCAGUUAUUUUGCACAUCGUUUCUCCCAAUGGAUUAGGCAUGCAUUGCUUGGUGCCACUUUAGCUAUUUUGGCAUAUAGUUUCAUUGUAUUUUCGCCAAUGGCUUAUGGUAUGACUGGAUCCACCGGAAGCGAACCGAAUUCAACAAUGUAUAAACUCAAAUGGAUGGAUAGCUGGGAAUUUUAGAUUUAGCUUUAUCGUUUAUGCGAGAGAAUAUUUAUAUAUCUAUAUCUACCAUACGUAAUACGUACGUGUACCGAGAGAAUUGAUGUUGGAUGGGUGACUAUGUGAAUGGCGAGUGUAAAUUGUUCGGAAAAUAUACGAAUUUUAAUUGUU